AUGCUCCACGCCCUGGGCAGCUGGAGGAGCAACUGUGCGUGCUCUGCGGAGGGCCGCCGAAUCAUGUCGAUGAGCCCAAAGCAUACGACUCCUUUCUCAGUGUCUGACAUCUUGAGUCCUUUGGAGGAAAGCUACAAGAAAGUGGGCAUGGAGGCCAGUAACUUGGGGGCUCCCCUGUCAGCCUACAGACAGUCUCAGGUUUCUCAGCCGGCCAUGCAGCAGCACCCCAUGGGCCACAACGGAACAGUGACUGCCGCCUACCAUAUGACAGCGGCAGGGGUCCCCCAGCUCUCCCAUGCUACGAUGGGGGGCUAUUGCAAUGGGAACCUGGGCAACAUGAGCGAGCUGCCGCCUUACCAGGACACCAUGAGGAACAGCGCUUCGGCGACAGGAUGGUACGGCACCAACCCGGAUCCCCGCUUUUCCUCAAUCUCCCGCUUCAUGGCGCCGUCCUCGGGCAUGAACAUGGGAGGCAUGGGCAGCCUCGGCUCCCUGGGAGACGUGAGCAAGAGCAUGGCCCCGCUCCAGAGCACGCCGCGGAGGAAACGGAGGGUCCUUUUUUCGCAGGCCCAGGUUUACGAGCUGGAGAGACGUUUCAAGCAACAAAAAUACCUCUCCGCCCCGGAGAGGGAACAUUUAGCCAGCAUGAUACAUCUCACCCCGACUCAGGUCAAAAUCUGGUUCCAGAAUCACCGCUACAAGAUGAAACGCCAGGCCAAAGACAAGGCUGCGCAGCAGCAGAUGCAACAGGAGAACGGCUCCUGCCAGCAGCAGCAGUCUCCCAGAAGGGUGGCCGUGCCAGUGCUUGUGAAGGAUGGCAAGCCCUGCCAAGCAGGCUCCAACACACCCACAGCAGCUAUCCAGAGCCAUCAGCAGCAGGCAGCUACAACGAUCACAGUGGCUACCAAUGGCAACAGCCUCGGACAGCAUCAGAGCCACCAGACAAACAGUGCGGGGCAGUCUCCAGACAUGGGACAGCACUCGGCCAGCCCUUCCUCUCUGCAGAGCCAAGUCUCCAGUUUGUCUCACCUAAACUCUUCUACUUCUGACUAUGGCACUGCCAUGUCUUGCUCCACCUUGCUAUACGGUAGGACCUGGUAA